AGUAAAAGAUAAUGUACUCAGAUCCGGUAAUUUUUAUGUCGGAUCGGGCUUGAUCCGACCCGGUUUAGACUGUAAAUGUCCUAAUUAACGCCUGAAAUGAAUGAAUCCCAAAUUGGAAAAUCCCUAAAUUUGUUCAGACCUAAAUCGAAAAUCGAUUUCAGAUUCAGUUCAGACCCACUUUACCAUUCUCAUCUCAACUCUGUUUUGAAUCGGGUUUUCAUUUUCCAGCAAAAUUUCAAGGACUGUGGAAGUCAGUUCGCUCCAGAAAACCCAGUUCAUCAGCUCCGGCUUACUCUGGGGUGCCGGCGACGUUGCUGCUCAAUACAUCUAUCACCCACACUUCCUCAUAAAGGCGCCUUCACUCACUGCUCAGAUUUUCAUGGCUCCUGUCGCUCCUCGUUCUGGUGAUGCCAUUUUCGCUAGUGUUGAUCGCGUGAAUGCGGAGCUAUUUACCCUGACGUAUGGUGCCAUUGUGCGCCAGUUGCUUACGGAUCUGGAGGAGGUUGAAGAGGUCAACAAACAGCUUGAUCAAAUGGGCUAUAAUAUUGGCAUUCGUCUGGUUGACGAGUUCCUGGCAAAGUCGAAUGUGUCCAGUUGUGUUGACUUCAAAGAAACGGCUGAAGUUAUUGCAAAGGUUGGCUUUAAGAUGUUCUUGGGAGUCACUGCAUCCGUGACGAACUGGGAUGCUGAUGGAACAUGCUGCAGUAUUGUUUUGGAGGACAAUCCUUUGGUAGAUUUCGUUGAGCUUCCUGAUAAUUGUCAGGGUCUGUAUUACUGCAACAUCUUAAGUGGAGUCAUUAGAGGAGCCUUAGAAAUGGUGUCGAUGAAGACUGAAAUCACUUGGGCGCGGGAUAUGCUUCGAGGUGAUGAUGCAUUUGAGUUGCAAGUAAAACUCAUAAAGCAAGUUCCAGAAGAAUACCCCUACAAAGAUGAUGAGUAAAAUAAGUAAAUUGUAUAUUCAUUCGGUAGAAACCAAAAGAUUGAAUAUUUUCUCUUCUAUUUUUACGUGUCAACACCCUUGAAUUGGAAGAGAUUAUUUUAAAUAUAAGAAAUUUAUCUUUUGUUUAAUGAUGAGUUAAAUAAUAAAAGAGUAAAAUGUGAUCAAUUCCCAAAA